AUGCUGGUAGCGAGCUUGUUGGUAGUCAUCCACUUGAUCGAACCUCCUUCACGCCAUCCUCGUGUUACCACAAAGCUUCCAUUUCUCCACGUCUUGCUACGCCGCAUUCCAACAGUGCACAUCAACAUCAUGAGCGGGUCUCUCCUCCUCUCGUUGCUCCUUCCUCUUCUUGUCUUGGCUCAGGAUACCACGGGUAGUGAACUUCCUCCUCCAGGGUACAACGGAGGGAGCGACAACCCGCAAGACCCAAGCGAUGCCGGCGCGGCAGGUGCUUCCAAAGGCGCCUUCUCGCUGUCAAGUGGUGCUCUCGCGGCAAUCAUCGUAGUCGCUGUUGUUGUAGUCCUCGGAUCCAUCGCAUCAGGAACACUAUGGUGGCUCGCAAAGAAACGCCAAUGGGAUGUCCGAGCCUCGAUCCGCCGUGCCUCGCGCCGCUUUACCGGUCGCUCAACCGCCGACAAUACGAGCAAGCAAGCGCACCAGAACCGUCAAAACAGAAGGACCGGUAUUCGCCUCAACUCGCCGCCUCCGGGCAAAAACGCAAAUAAGAUGCGCGACAUUGAAAAGGGCCUUCCUCUCGCCAACAAGGCGCCACAGACGACUACCACAAUCACUAGCAAACAAAGCAACUCGCGCUGCUGCGCCACACAUGGGCAUCUCGUCUCCGGAGAUGAGCCACUGGGAGGGCAAGUCCAGAAGCCCACAGACACCACGACGGACCAAAUCACAGUAUCAGUAUCGACAUGUUUGCUGGGUGCAGAGCAUGAGUCGUCAGUGCAGCUUCUCGAUGAAAGCGCCACGACAUCACAGCUGGAGCUUUUGGAAGCAACGAAAUUCACGAUUUACCAAAUGGAGGAAGAGCAGAUUGAUACCCGCUCAUGUUUUAUGGAGUAA